UUUAAUGAAGCAGGUGGGCGAGCCACAUGCACACUAGAUAGGGGAACUCUCCUGUUCUCUAUAAAAGGACAUGCGCUUCCGGUGGUCACCAGCUGGGGGAAAUGUAUAACGAAUAUCCAUUAUCUUGGACAGGUCGAGUACGUGUUUGUGGAGUGUUUACGGUGGGUUUUUGUCAGUUGUUGAGAAUGAGGUGUGCGUGGGCUGCACUUUGUGGGAUUGUGCUAAUCACUGAAGUUAUUCUAAUCAAUUCACAAGCCUCAGAUGAUUCAGCCAUUGCAGACUGUUCCCAGUUCGACUCAUGUGAUAGCUGCAUCAGCGGAGACCCAGCCCUCAAUCUAACACGAUGUGUCUGGCAAAGCUGUAAUAACGGAAACGACACGAGAUGCAUGUCUGAUACUGGAUAUUUUGGAGACUGCGCUGUCUUCAAUGAGACCGGCAUGUGUCAAACAGACUCUGAUGAUGGUAGCAAAAACAACACAACUGCUGGAUCAACCCCUGAGUUCUCUCAAGCAUCAUUUGACCUGUCCAGCUUUAUCGGGGGGAUCAUCCUGGUGUUGGUGUUGCAAGCGGGGGCUUUUUUUGCCAUGCGAUUCCUCAAAACCAAAGACAGCACAUAUGAAACUAUUGACCAAACACAGUGAGAAAUUGAAAAAUCACAGAACAAACAAGAACUAGAGGAGUAUCAAUUUUGCAUUAUAAGGGGGUGCAAUGUUUUAUUUCUUUGCUGGCCUAUGGAUAAAUUAGAAAUAAAUUACAUUCCCUCAUUUCCUGAAUAACAAAAUAUAUAUUUGUUUGUGUACAUUAUGGACAAUAAAAGAAAAGGCAAUGACAUAGAAAAAUUAUGACAAGACAAAUUUGAGUGUGUGUUUAUGGUUUUAUAUUUCCUUGUGUUCUCAUCUGUCUUAGAUUAUUUACCUCAAUCUUUAAUGUGUCUGUUAAUUAAUUUAAUUAUUUUAUCGUUUUAUUUCAUAAUUUAAAUAAUAGCAUGUGCUUUUAUUUAUGAGAUUUUAUUUUAUGUUUAUUAGAUUACCUGGACGUAUGUAGCAUUGAGUUUGUUUGUCCCUUUUCUGUUUAUAAACAACAAAGUGAUCAACUCUGGGAUACGUUUCCUUUAAAUGUGUAUAUGCAUCUUUAAACCUGCAGGUGUCAGCAGAGUUUAGUUUCCUACUAAAAGUUUAAUGUACUAUUGAUGUACUGAUG